AUGUCUGCUUCAGUCACCGCCUCCACCUCCCUCCCCGACAACCCUCGCCCCAGUCGCCUGCGCCGCUUCAGCCAGCUACGAACCUACACUCAGAAUCUGUCAUCCUUGCCCGGGCAGUCGUAUAGACACAGUUUGAGUAGUCGAAUCCCUUGGCGAUCCUCAACUUCGGGCUCCAUCUCUCCGCCAGCGAACUCCACACCUCUCCCAUGCCCUGAACCUGACCACCCACCCCUCUCUCGUCACACCUCUGCGCCCGCCCCGAGUUACGGCUUUGCCGAACUCAAUAGUCAAGUAUCAUCCACCGAGUCCGCCGCUUCUACACCUUCCACCUCUACCCCAUCCAACGACGUUACCCGGACGCCCAACUCUAUGGCGCGCCUGAGGAGCUCUUCGGCCGUCCAUCGUCCGCCACCUCGCACGUUAGAGCGUGUUACAAACUCUCAGGAGUCCACCCCGUCCCCUGAACCGGCCGUUCAAAAUAAUGUGAUCGAGCCCACCAGCGCUCCUGCAGAGGGGGUGACCUCAAAAUCGGAGACCAAGGCGACCAUUCGCUUCUUCCCCUACCAAGACUCUCUCCAGAGUUCGAGGCCCUCGUUACCUUUCGUCCCAAUCGCCCGAACCCUGCCAUCAGAGAGCUGUGUUAUUCGCGUCGGUCGAUACUCGGAGCGUGAUGGUGUACCCCCGCCUAACCCGACCGAACCAUCAGAUGCCCCCGUGGGGUUCAAGUCGAAAGUCGUUAGUCGGAAGCACUGCGAAUUCUUAUAUGUGAAUGGGCAGUGGCACAUCAAGGAUGUUGGCAGCUCUUCGGGGACUUUUUUGAACCACAUGCGCUUGAGUCAACCAAACAUGGUGUCACGUCUGUACUCCAUCAAAGACGGCGAUAUCGUGCAGUUGGGUAUCGACUUCAGAGGGGGUGAAGAAAUGAUCUUCCGAUGCGUUCGGAUUCGGAUUGAAUGUAAUCGAUCGUGGCAGCAGCAGCCUAACGAGUUCAACAAAAAUACGGAAAGUCUUAUCAAAAACUUGGGCAAGGGUGAGACGUCUGAUUAUUCGGGUUGUCGUGAAUGUUCAAUCUGCCUUGGCUCUGUUUUGCGGCCUUAUCAGUGUUUGUUCAUGGCAGCCUGUGCGCACGUUUGGCAUUACAAAUGCAUUAGUCGUCUGCUCCAUUCCCCCGAUUAUCCAAUGUUCCAAUGCCCCAACUGUCGGGCAUUCACCGAUCUCAGCGCCGAGGUCGAUGACUCGAAUGACUCGGAGGAAAAACGAGAGAAGGAACCAACCGAAGAUAGGGCAUCCAACGACUCUGGGGAGCAGCUUGAAACGGAAGGGCCUUCAGUCGUCGAAACAAGCAGCCUGGAAGGACCGCCCGAUCAGCUCGGAGAUCUUGCUGAAGAAAAUUUGGUGAACAAUGUUGAGAACCUGCAUCUACAGGAUGACCAGCAAACCGAUGACACUCGAAGCACAGCCUCACCAGCCCCUAACUCAAGCACCGAUAAUCUGGCCCGCAGCGCCACUAUCAACAUUCCUGGGUGGCAACCGACGCAACCUCUCAGUGUGCCAUCUGGUCGCCAAUCACAGCUACGAACUGACACACCAGUGCGCUCAGAAACGUCUGACGACAACCCCUUGACUCCACGAAAUGACUCGGGCCCUUUAGCCUUUGAUGGCCGAGCAGGAAUGCCCUAA